AUGUUCACAUUGUCACAAACAGAUUAAGAAUAUAUAUCUGUCUUUGAAACUAAUAAUAUCAAUAAAUAGUUUACCAAAACUAGAGAUAUUACUAUUAAGUGUGGAUCAGAUGCUAAUUGUUUAUUUCCUUAAUAAUACGUAAAUUCAAAAUGUAUUUUAUUAAGUAAGAAUGGUGAAUAUGUCAAUUUGAUAAGAAAAAAAUAAAAUGGAGAGUUUCUAACUGAAUAAUCUAUUCAUUUAGGAACUAAUGAUUUAUUUGGAGGAAUGAGUGAAGAUGGAUAGUAUUUAAUCACAUGGGAUACAUAAGCACGUUAAAUAUAAAUUUGGAGAUAUCAUGAAUUAUGA